CUCGUCCGCUCCAACCAACCAGGCACUCAAACCGCUCUUCUCCCGUCUCAUGGCUUUGUUUAUAUUAGCCUUGACUCUCCCACUUGGUUUUGCUUGUUCCUGUCGACCCGCCAUUGCCGGACAAUAACAUUAUUGACCUCCGUUGACUCUCCUCGACCUCCCCUCCCCUCUUUGAUAUAGAUAUGCAUUUCCCACCGACCCGUGCGCUCUAUUGCGAUCACUCUACUCUAUCUCGGCCAUUGUCACACUCGGAUCAGGCCCUGUCCCCAUGCACCAGUGACGAGACACACUUGCCAUGGUGAAUGGUUCCUGCUCCCGAGCCGCAUUCUCCAUGAAUGAAGCGUCUAUUUGGACCUCAACAGACUAAACCAUCUCGUCUGGGAGUCUUGCAAACACCAGCAGACAACCGACAUGGUGUUUUGCUUCACUCGCCAAACCGGCGAACCUCGCGACGAGUACGAUGCGAUUCCUCUCCCCUUGCGGUGGCUCAUGUAUCUUGGCAAAAGCGAAAGGGACCUGGAAACAGGUGACACAAUCUUACGCUUGCGCAACAACCGGAUCAUCAAGACGUCGUGUUGGAGCACCGAAUACCAGGCGCUCAAGUUGGUCGAUCGCCAGACUUCCAUCCCUGCAUGGAAGGUGGUCAAUGUCUUCAACAGACCUGAAGGGAAGAUGGUCGAAUAUGAGGCUUUCCCGGGCAAGCCACUCCACAUAGUCUGGCCGACCAUGCCAGCACAUCAAAAGAACAAAAUCGUCGCCGAUCUCGGCCGCUACGUGGAACAGUUGAGAGCAAUGAAGCCUCCAAAGUCCUGCGUCGUGGGAGAUGCCACUCUCGGUGCUGCGCUCGAUCCCCGCUUUGGACACCAAAGGAUCGGCCCAUUCUUCUCCAUCCAAGCAUUUCAAGAAUUUGAACGCCGCGGUCACUCUCCCUAUCAUUUCUCCGAAAAGGAAAUCCACGCUGUCCAUCAACCAGUCAAACCUUACGAGCUGAAAUUUACACACGCCAACCUUUGUCCCAAGAACAUAAUCAUCGACAGCUCUGGCCGUAUCUGCGCUCUGAUAGGAUGGGAGUCUGCCGGCUGGUAUCCAGAAUAUUGGGAAUAUACACAAAUGUGUCAUGCCACCCCCAAGACCAUGGGCGACUGGUUAGUUGCCAUGUGCAACAAUAUGACGAGGUAUGACCAGGAAUUGUUAUGCGAGGAAGCCCUUCGAUCGAGGUAUCCAAGCUCAGUGUAUGACCUCCCGCGAAGUGUUCGAUCUCCAUCGCCAUCCCCAUCUGAGAAGAGUGCUGAACAAGAUGAGGUCGACAACAAUAACACAGAUCAUACAAGUGGAUGAUCCGUCUUUCAGCAACCAACCCACUUGCACACCACAUACAACGCGAACACAACGCUAAAAGCGCAGUCAAGGGGCAGCAGAGGAGGUCCUCGGUGAAGGAUCUUCAUGCUGGCCGAGAACCGGACAUUUGUAUCUGCACAUCAAUCAUGUUAUAUCACAUAGACUUUUUGCUCAGACCCUCGAGGGUUUCCGUCACGAUUUGCAUGGGACUGGCGGGGCAUGGCAUGGGCUGCGAGCAAGGAGUUUUUGCAACAAUUGAUAGAGGUUGAAGCGGGGGGAAUACACCUUUGCACCAGGUGGAUACACAGAGCGAGUACAGAAUCGUCAAUCUUGGACCAGAGGUCGAGCAGAGUUCCUCAGGAUGCUUUGUUGUUUGUGCCUCGACUGUCCUUUCCAUCAUUUGCUCCUGACUCUUGACCCAUCUAUUUUUUGAAUUGUCUGUUUGAA